GAAUGAAACCGAACACACUAGUAGAAAACCCUUUCAUCUAACAGGGUGGAGAUCGAAAGGCGCGUAACUUACGCAACACCAAAAAAGGUGGUCAGUUUGUAUCAAAAGUAAGACGCAAUGUGACUAGUAAACUCGUAAAUAAUGGACAUCGAUAAGGAAAUGCGAAAACCCGUCCGGCUUAUCGCGGCUGCAUGCAGGAACAUGGGCAUAGGAAAGAACGGACGGCUUCCAUGGAGUCUCGCGAAUGAAUUGCAUUUUUUUCAGGAUACAAUUACCUCUGUGUCAACACCUGAGAAGAAGAAUCUGCUUGUUUUUGGACGAGGCUCCUGGUUGUCCUGUCCUGAGACGUUUUUUCCUUUUGCCAACUGCCUUAAUGUGGUAUUGAGCAAAACACUACUCACAGUCCCUACACACGCCCACUAUCUGUGUAAAGAUUUUGAGUCAGCAAUUCGUCUGGCCAUUGAACCUCCUUUACGUCACAUUGUGGAGACCAUCUGGAUUUUGGGGGGUUCAGCAGUAUAUAAGGAAAGUCUUGAGCAUCCAUGGUGUGAUCUUAUUUAUCUGACUGACAUUAUGGAUGAAUUUGACUGUGAUGUCUUUUUCCCGGAAUUCGAUCGCAAUGUUUUCAGAAAACAAAAGAGUUUCCUUGGAGUACCGGAUGAAAUUCAUGAAGAAAAUGGUAUAAAAUUUCAAUUUCAAGUCUUCAAGAAGGAGGCCUAAGAUUACAACAGAAAGAAGACGGUUCAAAACUCUGUCAAACAUGACAGAUAAAGUAGAUGUUAACAUAACCUUAUAUGUCUUUGUAUCAGACAUCAACAUCCUGAAUUUAGCACUAUUGCACAAAAAAAAAACACAAAGCCAAAAAACUCAUUGUUGCAGUAAUUCAUCGUCAUCCAAAUAACCGUUUCAAUUAUAUGCACCCUUUCAUUUGUUGGUGAAUCACCACCAUUGCUCAAAUAUUACAUAAGGAAUCACAGCAGAUGGACAGUUCUGAUGAUGAUGAAUGCCACUCCACUCAUAAUGAAAGAUGCAAUGGUUUCUGACCACUCACCAGAUUUACUGUUACUCAUAUCACCCUGUCACCAUGGUGACACACGUGUGAUGACUCAAACCAGAUCAGAGGGAUGAGACACACGGUUCAUGUAUAAACUGGUUAUAUAUAUAUAUAUAUAUAUAUUCCAUCUGCUAUGUGAACUCAGUGACUUACUACAUUCAGUAUUAUCAUUUAAAACCCAAAAUUCUGGAAUGCAGCAAAACAUUGUAUAUAACUCUUGAGACAUGUGUUCGUGUGUCAGGUGUCUUUUGUAAUUCUAAUAUUGUAAAAGCUAUACACUACUAAGUUUUUGUGUAAUUUGAUGCUAUAUUAAAGUUCUUUUCUAACUUGUUUUACAAUUCGUUUGUAAAAGGCCAUACCUUGUAAGGCAAUUAGAUGAAAAGUGUCUGCCAAAUGCAUAAAUGUAAAUUUCAAGUGUGAACAAACUUAUCACAUACAUUUCCAGGACAUUGUGCGUGAAUGAUGUUUCUUCCACUAGAUGGUGCCAACAGCUGAUCUUUCUGCAAUGCUGAAAAUUUGUCUAUUGUAGACUAGGCAUGCAUGGGUUUCCAACGUUGUUCCUGGAGGGCACCCGUCCUGCAUAUUUUAGUUCCAACCCUACUUAAACAUACCUAAACCUGCAAAUCAAGUUGUUCAGGGCUACCAAUACCUAAAAAUUAGAGACAGGUGCCCUCCAGGAACAACGUUGGAGACCCAUGCUCUAGAGGUUUGUUGAAAAAUUGCAGGCUAUACUAAUUAAACAUUGUAUGUUACUAUUAAAAAAAGGGCAUAC